AUUUUGAAAAGGAAACACCAUUAUGACUAUGUGUUUUUUUAUAUUGAACUUAGAACAUUACGAGAAAUAAAAUACUAAGUAAUUGGCAAAUACGUUAGUAUGGAAAAAAAAAUUAAAAAUUCGUAUAUAAUGUACACGAAUGCAGAAAAAAUGGCUGUCACAUUUGUUGCUGGUGUGAAUAGAAGAAGAAAAAAGAAGGGGAACGGGGCCAAACACCAUUUCUGCCUCGGAAUACCUGUAUCCGGCAUUGUAUACUCGUUCUUAUCUGAAAACAUAAUGUAUUCUUUUAUUUUAAAAGUCCCGUGGACGAAGAGUCCGUGAUUUGUUUGAUGAGUUUACGGUUUGGGCUUAGACACUGCUUUGCUUCUUUCUCAUUUUCUAUGGAGAAAUGAUUUGACGUGUUGUUUACAGUGGAGUGGGAUUUUGAAUAUUUUGUGUAAAAAUUAAGUUUAUAAUCAAAAAUCUAGUCAAAUAAAAGUAAAAUGGAUGUGGCUAAUGAAAAUAAGUCGUUAGAAUCCUUGACUCCUGAAGAAAAAUUUAGGCAAGAACACAUGAAAAUGCACGAGCAGCACAAAGGCCACGACGCGAUGCACGCGGAGAUGGUGCUCAUCCUUCUAGUCACGCUCGUCGUCGCACAGAUCUUCCUCGUUGAGUGGAAGAAACGGCACUACAUCACCUACCAGAUAUGUAGCUUGUUUGGGAUGUGGAUAAUUCCUAUACUAAUGUGCCUGAAGAAUGAAUGGUGGCGUUUCAUUUUCACGUGGCUGGUGUUUUCGUGUAUUACAGCGCUGGUAUUCAGGAAGGCUCUCCAGAAACCGAUAGAAGGAACAACUCCAAGACUAGUGUACAAGUGGUUCUACUUCAUCUACAAGCUGAGCUACGGUCUGGGGAUAAUAGGCUACGUGGUGAUGAUGGCCACGUUCUUUGGCUUCAACAUUCUCUUCGAUGCCAAGCCACACACGUGGAUGGACGUGGGCCUGUUGUUUCUCUUCUACGGGCUCUACUAUGGCGUGCUGGGCAGAGACAUUGCAGAGAUUUGCGCAGAUAAAAUGGCAUCUCACGUAGGGUACUACACAGCGCAAGGCAUGCCAACACGACACCUGGAGAGUGGGGUUUGUGCCGUGUGCGGCAAUAAACUUUUGGUUCAAGAAGAAGAGGAGGGGGUGCUUGAGAACACGUACAAGCUGACCUGUGACCACGUAUUCCACGAGUUUUGUAUUCGAGGAUGGUGCAUAGUCGGCAAGAAGCAGACGUGCCCGUAUUGCAAGGAGAAGGUGGACCUGAAGAAGAUGUUUUGCAAUCCGUGGGAGCGGCCACACGUGCUGUACGGCCAGCUGCUGGACUGGAUACGCUGGCUGGUGGCGUGGCAGCCGCUGAUCCUGUUCCUGGUGCAGUGCAUCAACUGGAUCCUGGGCCUGGAGUGAGCCGCGUCGCCCUCCCUCGGGCCCGGGGCGACUCCCCGCACUCCUGUUUGUUAAGUUUGUUUGAAGAUUAUUGUCGUAAUGACGACCCACGGGUCCCAACCUGUGCGCGAAGCUCGGCACACCUGGUCCCUCGAUCCGUAAAGCUGUGUCCAUUUUGGUCUCGGGCGCCAUCAUUAUUAUUUUUUUUUUUAAUUCGCGUUGCGUGUGUUUUGGCCCGUUGUCAGAAUAUUUGGUGUUUGAUGUCUCCCGAAACAAACACGGGAGCGGAACCCUGGUGGUUCUGGAUUUGCAAAAAAAAAUUUUUUAUUUGUAAGCUACCUCAGUUUGUAUAUCAAAAUGAAAUUUUGAUGAUGAAACUGCUCUGUGCAAUAAAGUUUUUACUGAUUUGAAGAAGAAAA